GUUGUGACAGCUGUCAUUUUCGUCUCACCCCACUGCACUGAAAAAUAAAACAACCCAAAAAAUAGGCACUUCACUGUCAAGACGGAUACAGGAAAUAUUGCAAAAUAAUAUUAAUAGAGAAGUGUUAAUCAAACUAAGUUAUAACAUGGAAAAUAAUGCAAAUUAUUUGAACCAAAAGAUGUUGAAGCCGCUGAUGCCGGAAAAUAUGAGAACCGAGCUAAUUGCAGCUCUGAAAAUUCAAAAUAUUCAGCCCAGCCGAACCAAGUCCGUUAGAAAUAUUAAAAAGUUCGGAUUCUCGUCUUCGUUGGCUAGCCCAACUGGACAGAGCCCCGGAAACGAAGAAGAUAAACGAAUGCAACUUCGUUUGCAAGCGAUACGAGAGAUUAGAACUUCUGAACUGUCGUACAUGAAACAGCUGGAUCUUCUUAUUAAUUACUUUGUAAAUCCUUUAAAAACUAACGGACUCAUUCAAGAUCGUGAGCAUAACCAAAUUUUUGGUCAGCUGGAAACGAUUUAUAAUCUAAGUCAAGAGUUGUUGAAAAAAUUAUCUGACGAUCUGGAUGUGGUCGUCCAAGCAUUUAUGAAUCUAGGUCCAUUUUUUAAACUAUAUUCGGUAUACGCUUUCGAUUACCGAAACUCGCUCUGUAGUUUACAGACUUUAAUGCAGAAGAAUCAAGCUAUGAAGAAGUUUAUCAUCAACACUGAAUCCCGUCCAGAAGUUCAAACGAAACUGAUUUCUUUGCUAAUUACUCCCAUUCAAAGGAUACCUCGGUACAAGUUGCUUUUACAGCAGGUUCUGUUGUACACCAGUCCAUCGGAUGUGGCCUACAAACAACUGCACGAGUCUAUUCGCCUAGUAGAGCAGUCCGUAUCACACAUUAAUUCGGUCGUUGAAGAUUUUGAAAAUACACAACGAUUAAUCACUAUUCAAAAUGCACUGACAAAUAAAUCAUUGAAAAUUGUGAAGCCAGCAAGGAAAAUACUCAAGGAAGGUGUGCUGCAGAAACUUAAAACCGAUGGAUCAACAUCACGGAAAUAUUGCAUUCUUAUGUCCGAUCAGUUUGCUUACUGUAAGAUGUUAAAAGAUCAAGAGCAUCUGUUUACGGAUAAUGGACUUGAAUGUUGCUGCAUUUUCCCACUCAAGAAAUGCAAAGUUGUCGAGAUGUUUAGGGGAAGCUUUAAGAUUACGUGUAGCGGUGAUGGUAUUAUUUUUACUGCCGAUAAUCAAGAAGACAGUCACAGCUGGUUUCAGACCAUUCGAGAUGCCGUCGAGUUACAUGUUCAGUGUCGAAAAACGUUGCGGAAGCUCUCCAGCAAUAGGAAACCAAUGCGCAAAAAGCACAUACAACGGCUUGAACCCGAGGAUGAUUAUUUGUGGUUACUUCGGCGCAAAACCGCCAGUCCAACGAGUCCAGCCAAAUCACGCAGAAGUGGGUUAUGCUCGCUUCGGCAUCUGGACUGCCUGAAAGCGAACCGUUCCUUCCAAGAUGAUUCCAUUGUGACUGGUUCUACACUGCGGUCGCCAGAUUAUCUCAAUCGUAGAGCUCACGUCGAUCCGAAGCGUGACGAAACCAUGUUUUGCAGAGACAGUAAUUCGCCACGAGUACAGACUGGCAGGAAACAUGUACACUUUCAACUGCCUGCCUCGUACUACCGGCGGUGAUUGGCAAGCUGAUGCCAAAUUUUGAGUAUUGUAAACAUGAUCUAUAGCUUCUAGGUAUCUUUUUUAACGUACUGAUCUUUUCUAUGU